AUGGCCGACCUGCCUCCCCUCUCAACGCAGAACACGCGCGGCUCCAUGUCCUCCGUCCCAAUGCACGAAGUCGAGCCCUCCCCCUUCGACGACUAUGACAAUGCAGAAGGCCCAGACUACCCGACCAACCCCUCCGACAUUGAGGCUUCAAAACUCCCUCCUUCAUCCCACAGCACAACCAACUGGCUAGGCCUCACGCACGCCCGAACUAUUCACAUCUUGUCAGGGGUACAGAAGUACUCGGUCAUUCCAUUCUCUGCGUAUCUGACAAUGCACUACACGAAUACGGCCCUGAUCCCCCUCGUCACUCGCUCUGCACGAGAGGCGGACAAAUACCUCCUCCUAACCCGUCCCUACUAUCAAUCCUUCCCGCUCGAACCCCUCCUGAUCUUCGUCCCCGUCAUCACACACGUCGCGUCCGGGAUUGCCCUACGACUAUACCGUCGAAGUAUCGCGGCAAGGCGGCAUGGAGCCGAGACACUUUCGCAGCGCAGAAAGAUGAAGAGCAAGAUUCCAUGGCCCAAGUUAUCCUUGACCAGCGCGGCGGGCUACGCCCUAUAUCCGAUGUUUAUUGCCCACGUGUUGUCCAUGCGCAUCAUCCCGAAGAAAGUCGAUGGGAGCUCUGCCUCUGUUGGAUUACGCUACUUUGCGCACGGCAUAGCACAAGACCCUUACAUCGGAAUGGCAGGCUAUACCUUGUUCGUGGGUUUCGCGAGUUAUCACGUCGUGAGCGGUGCAGCCAAGUUUCUGAGGCUGAGUGCCGACUAUAUCAUCGGCGGUGGGGAGGACGGUCGAAUUCGGAGAAUAUGGAGACGGAGGAUUGUCAAUGGCGUUGCAGCGACCAUGGCAAGCUUGUGGAUCGCUGGCGGGUUGGGUGUUGUGGGAACGGCAGGGCGAGGCAUCGGGUGGGAAGCAAGCCAUUGGGACAAGAUAUAUAGGGCAGUGCCGGUUAUUGGUGGAAUGUUUUAA